GAGCAGUCGGCCAGAGUGGCCGCUGCAUCAGAUCGCGCCGCGCUGGAACAAAAAUUCGAGCACGCCAGCUCGACUUCGUCCUGCUCGUCCGAGCCGGAGUCUCAGCCCGCCCUCUUGUGCUUCUGCUCUGCGUCCUGCGUUCCUCGCUCGUGCCCGGCGCUGCUGCCCCGCAUCCCACUUCCACCGCACACACAGAAAAAGGCGGCUGCUUGGGCCUGACCACACUUCGCCAUCGUGUCCAUCGGAGCUUUUCGCUUCGCAAACCGCUGCCCCGUCGACCUGUCUGGAACACGGUUGCCGUCGGCCGUCUCGACGACCUCCAGCGACCAGAUCGACGUCUCCAGCCCCUUCCGUCGCCUUCGUCCUCGCAUUUUUCGCGACUCUUUUCCAGAGCGGCUGGUGACCUCAUAUCCCCAGGGUCGACCGUCAGGAGCCCUCGUUGCGUCAACUGCCGAAGCCGCAACCUCUCCGACGACAACCAUCUUAACCUAUUUCAGAGCUCCUCAGAGUCCGCUUUUCUUUCAUCCUAACGGCAGCAGCUCAGAUUGUAUUGUAAUCCGCCUCAGCCAUGGCGCCAGAUGAAAGCGCGCUGUACCUUGGCGAUGACAUCGAUCGCGCAACGUUUGAGCAGAUCCUAGAAAUGGACGACGACGAGAACGAUCGCGAUUUCAGCCGCAGCAUCGUGUUCGACUUCUUCGAACAAGCCAGCGAAACGUUCGAGAAGAUGCAGGCUCGAUUAGCCGAGAAAAACCUCGAAGAGCUCUCCGCGCUUGGCCACUUCUUGAAAGGCUCGUCCGCGACGCUUGGUCUGACGAGAGUGAAGGACAGCUGCGAGAAGAUACAGCAUUACGGCGCAAGAAAAGAUGCGACUGGCACCAAAGACGAGAAGGACGACGCAAAGAGUCUCGAGCGCAUCGAGCGCACGUUGGCCGUCGCCAAGGCAGACUACCAGACCGCGGAGAAGAAGCUCAGGUUGUUCUACGCAGAGUAAAGCUAUCCGCAGCGUUCAUCCCAUGGACCGACGAGACGUGGGAGUGGGGCCAGAGGAAGAUCAGCCUGGCGACGCGAAAGGGCCGCUAAUUCCUACACUGCUGAGCCACGCCCAUGCUGGCAUUUUCGUCGCCAUGACAAAAGGAAAGACGUCUCACUCAUCACGCUGCAUAGUGAGGAAGCAGCAGUACGCCGCGCUUCAUGUGAGAGCGUUGAUUCGGACUAUAGACUGGCCAAGUGGCUACUGAAUGAAUCAUAUCUGCGUUACACGCUCGCUAGAUUACGUAGCACAUGUUUACCAGAAGCUUCAAAUUGCGGAUGUGUCCAGGGUGGACGGUGCUGUAUUUUAUUUCUCCACGCAUGGUCUUGUGCGCAAUCACUACAAAACGUUCUCAACAGACCAA